UGCUCCGAAGCCACGUUUGUAGUUCUCAGGCCAGUGGGUCUCUGAGGUGAUGUAUCUUGGACCGUUGGGACUUCCGUGACCAGCAAGAGCUCCGAAGUGAGAAACGAAGGGAUAAAGAGAUUAAACCAGAAGAAAAUUAUGUGGUGACCAUUUCUGAGCCCAGCUCUUCCAUAUGGAAUGCAGUGUAUGCAGUGUCCCAUGCCCUCCAUAAAACCCUGAUUGAAAUGCGACCUAAAGAAGACAGAAACAUGGACUGGCUUCUUCCAUGCCAGAGUACAUUGACCUACAAUGAUGUGUAUGUGAACUUCACUCGAGAAGAGUGGGCUUUGCUGGAUCCUUCCCAAAGGAGUCUCUACAAAGAUGUGAUGCUGGAGACGUACAGGAACCUCACUGCUAUAGGUUAUAAUUGGGAAGGUCAUAAUGUUGAAGAGCAUUGUCAAAGUUCUAGAAGACAUUCAAGGUAUGAAAACAGUCAUAGUGGACACAAACCCCCUGAAGAUACUCAAUAUGAUGAAGUCUUUACACAUCACAGGAAUGCCCACACAUAUGAAAGUAUGCAUACUGGUGAGGAUUGCUAUGAAUCAAAACAAUAUGGUAACGCUUUUGCAAAUAACAGUUAUCUCCUAAGACAUAAAAGGUCACAUAUAGAGGACAAACCCCAUAAAUGUAACCAGUGUGGUAAAGCCUUUGCACACAACAGUCAUCUCCUAAGACAUAAAAGAACUCACACGGGAGAGAAAUCGCAUGAAUGUGACCAAUGUGGUAAAGCCUUUGCACAGAGGAGUACUCUCCUAUCACAUGACAGAACUCACACUGGAGAAAAACCCUAUGAAUGUAACCAGUGUGGUAAAGCCUUUGCAUACAAGAAUGUUUUCAUAAUUCAUAAAAGAACUCACACUGGAGAGAAACCUUAUAAAUGUAACCAGUGUUGUAAAGCCUUUGCAAAUAACAGUCAUCUCUUAAGACAUAAAAGAUCUCACACUAGAGAGAAACCUUAUGAAUGUAACCAGUGUGGUAAAGCCUUUGCAGAUAACAGUGUUCUUCUAAUACAUAAAAGAACUCACACGGGAGAGAAACCUUAUGAAUGUAACCAGUGCGAUAAAGCCUUUGCACACAACAGUCAUCUCCUAAGACAUAAAAGAACUCACACUGGAGAGAAACCUUAUGAAUGUAACCAGUGUGAUAAAGCCUUUGCACGGAGGAGUGGUCUCCUAUUACAUAACAGAACUCACACUGGAGAAAAACCCCAUGAAUGUAACCAGUGUGGUAAAGCCUGUGCACAUAGUAGUGAUCUCUUAAUACAUAAAAGAAGUCACACUGGAGAGAAACCUUAUGAAUGUAAACGAUGUGGAAAAGCCUUUGCAUGUAAUAGUAAUCUUCAAAAACACAAAAGAACUCACACGGGAGAGAAAUCUUAUGAAUGCAAUGAAUGUGGUAAAGCGUUUUCAACUAACGGUAAUCUCCAUCUACAUAAAAGAACUCACAUGGGAGAGAAACCGCAUGAAUGUGACCAAUGUGGUAAAGCCUUUGCACAGAGGAGUACUCUCCUAUCACAUAACAGAACUCACACUGGAGAAAAACCCUAUGAAUGUAACCAGUGUGGUAAAACCUUUGCAUACAAGAAUGUUUUCAUAAUUCAUAAAAGAACUCACACUGGAGAGAAACCUUAUAAAUGUAACCAGUGUUGUAAAGCCUUUGCAAAUAACAGUCAUCUCUUAAGACAUAAAAGAUCUCACACUAGAGAGAAACCUUAUGAAUGUAACCAGUGUGGUAAAGCCUUUGCAAAUAACAGUGUUCUUCUAAUACAUAAAAGAACUCACACUGGAGAGAAACCUUAUGAAUGUAACCAGUGUGGUAAAGCCUUUGCACAGAGGAGUGCUCUCCUAUUACAUAACAGAACUCACACUGGAGAAAAACCCUAUGAAUGUAACCAAUGUGGUAAAGCCUUUGCAGCUACCAGUAAUCUCCUAUUACAUAAAAGAACUCACACUAGAGAGAAACCUUAUGAAUGUAACCAAUGUGGUAAAGGCUUUGCAGGUAAGAGUCAUCUCUUAGUACAUAAAAGAACUCAUACUGGAGAGAAAACUUAUGAACAUAAAUGAUGUGGUAAAGCCUUUGCACGUAACAGUGAUCUCCUAAUACUUAAAGGAACCCACACUGGAAAGAAACCUUUUGAACGUAACCAACGUGGUAAAGCCUUUGCACUGAACAGUCAUCUGGUAGUCCAUAAAAGAACACAUAUUGGAGAGAAAUUUUUUGAAUUACAUAACGUGAUAAUGUGUAUGCAUUUCAGAGUAAUUUAUGAAAACAUAACUUACCCUGGAGAAAAAAAAAAAAAACACUUUAUUAAUGUAAUCAGUGUGGCAUCUCCUUUGUACAACAUAGUCAUCUCUUAAGUAUAAAAAAUGCAUGUUGCAGGAAAUCUCUAUGAAUAUAACCAAUAUCAUAAAGGCUUUUCAUGUAAGAGUCAUCUUGAACAAGAACACCUCAUGCAGUGAAACCCUAUUAAUGUAACUAAUGUGUCAAGCCUUUAAAUGCCAUAAUAAUAUUCAUGUACAUUGGAGAGUAAACACUGGAGAGAAACCAAUGUGAUAAAGCCUUUCGAUGUAAUAUUAAUGUCCUAUAAGAUAAAGAACACAUACUGGGAAGAAGCCUUACAAAUGUAACCAAUGUGGUAAAACUUGCUCUUCAAAAUCAUCUUGAAAUUCAUGAAAGAAUUGAUAUUGGACAGAAAGACUAUGAGUGCGUUUAACAUGGUGAAGCUAUUCCACAUUUGUAUACUCUUCAUCAUGAAAGAAUUCCUACUCGAGAGAAACAUUAUAAAUGUGU